AUGGGCGGAAAAUCCAAGGGUGGAGGUGCCCGUGGAGGAGGCAAGCCUGGCACAAAACAGGCAAAGGCCGCUGCCGAAAAGGCUUCGCAGACUGCUGCAAGCACACCGGAAACUGAAGGCGAGGCGAAGAAGCCUACCGUCAAACAAGUCAUUGGUGGCGCAUCAUGGACGGGCAAGCUUCCGGUGAAUAUGCUCUCAGAGCAUUGUCAGAAAAAGAAGUGGGGGAAGCCAGAAUACAUCAUGCAGAAAAAGGUCGCGGACGGCUUUGUCUCGUCUGUUAUAUUGAGCAAAACCGACCUAAAGACGAAGGAAACCACUACGUUGCCUCCGAUGGAACUCCCUCAUACCCACCGGGCUCUCGCAGCCCAACCGACAGCUUUAGAAGCCAGGCAUUUCGCUGCCACCUACGCUCUGUUCCGUGUCGCUAGCGAGAAAAACAUACACGUUAUGCUACCGCCAAAUUACAGGAAAUUAUGGAAGGAGGAUUUCAUGGAGGUGAAAAAUGCGGCAGUCGCUCAAGACAAGGCCUGGAUGUACGGAGCCGAUCCGUUCUUGAUCAAGCAAGAGCGUGAGGCGGCUGAAGAAGAGGAGAAGAAGAAGAAAUUAGAACGGCAGAAAGCUCACGCCAAGCCAGAUGAUAAAGUCAAUCUAGGACUGAGCAGCGCCGGGGACAACACCGGACGUGGAAAAGCAUGGUCUCGCGCUCCAAAAGUUGACCUUGGGAACAGACUGCGCCGCGAAAUCGAAGAGCUACUUCGGAGCAAGAUCAUUUGGAAUCCUUAUAACGUGAAAAUACCGAAGGAUCGGCAGAAACAGAUUAUUGAUGAAUUCUCUCGCUUAGGCUUUCGCCGAAGCCAUAUCGAAGAAGCUGUCGCGGAAUGCAAGGAUCGCGAAGAGGUGCUAGAAUGGCUUUUACUACACGUACCUGAAGAUGAUUUGCCUCGCUGGAGUUUCCCGGAAGGCUACUCUGCUGGUGUCAGUCUAGCAAGUGGCAAUCUUGCACAUGAGUCGAAAAUUAAACGUCUUGCCGCAGCAGGAUAUCCUGCUGAUGUUUGUGCUAUUAUCCUGGACAAAAAUGGAGGAGACGAAGGACUAGCCGCUGAGAGUUUACAAAAUGCUCUCCUUGAGCAUGUUCCAUCGCGUGUGCCUUUGGAAUCGACUGAUGAAGAUAUUUGGGCUGAAGAACAUACCACUUUAGAAGCUAUAUUUGGUGAAAGAUACAAACGCGUCUCGAAAACGGUUUGUCAAGUCCAAGGAGAAGUUCCAGGGCUUUCUAAGCCAGUCACAUUCCGGUUUCAGAAACCUUCUACUCCAUAUCCCUCCAAUCCUCCGAUCAUAUCGAUACUUUCGGAUGGACUUCCAGCAUACAUUAGGUUAAGCGCCGUGAAGAAAGUUGUCCAAUACUCAAUGGAGGAUCUUGUGGAACAACCGAUGGUUUUCAGCAUUGUGGAUUGGCUAGAGGUGAAUGUUCCUAUGGUAAUAGACAAUCCAGGCAAGCUGCGAGAAAUCGCGAGCGGUGUCAGCCAGCCAGCCAAGAUUCAAAACCGUUCUACGCCACUCCCUGUCAGGCCAGGACGCAGAAAUCCCAAGGCUCUCGGCUCUGAAAACGGCGCGCCUUCUGGUACCUCAGUAUAUGAAAGCUGGAAGCAGAAGCAGAACACACCUUCUCAAAGAGACAUGAACCAGAAGCGGCGACUGUUACCCGCUUGGGGAAUGCAGGAGGCCAUCAUCCAAUGCGUCAAUUCGUAUCAAGUCACCAUUGUUUCUGGCGAGACUGGUAGCGGCAAAAGUACGCAAUCAGUACAAUUUGUUCUGGAUGACUGGAUAAAGCGCGACAUGGGCAAUAUAGCGAAUAUUGUGUGCACACAACCCCGAAGGAUAUCAGCUCUAGGACUUGCAGACCGAGUUAGCCAGGAACGAUGCUCCAGCACCGGGGACGAAGUCGGUUACAUUAUCCGUGGUGAUUCAAAGUCAAAGCCUGGCAAGACGAAAAUCACGUUCAUGACAACCGGUGUAUUACUUCGUCGGUUGCAAACGGGAGCCGGCCCAGAUAAUGAUAUUGCAGCAUCACUUGCAGACAUCACCCAUGUAGUAGUGGACGAAGUCCACGAAAGGAGCCUUGAUACCGAUUUCUUGCUUGCUCUGCUCAAAGACAUUUUGCAUAGGCGCAAGGAUUUGAAGGUCAUUUUGAUGAGUGCCACUUUAGAUGCAGAAGCCUUCACCCAAUAUUUCGGAGGACGAGCCCAUGUUGGCCGUGUUAAUAUUCCUGGGCGGACGUUUCCCGUUGAAGACUACUACCUCGACGACGUUUUACGCCAAACUGGAUUUAACAAUACCCUGGCAAGUUAUGAUAGCAUUGAGGGAGAAAAGGAGGACGGGUCUAUUGGAAAGUCACUGCGGUCACUUGGCAUGGGCAUCAACUACGAUUUGAUUGCUUCAGUGGUUCGAUACAUAGAUUCUCAGCUCGGAAGUGAUAGCGGAGGGAUCCUCAUCUUCCUGCCUGGUACUAUGGAAAUUGAUCGUUGUCUUGGUGCGAUGAGGGCGAUACCAAACAUGCAUGCCCUGCCUCUUCACGCUUCAUUGCUCCCAGCAGAGCAGAAACGUGUGUUCCUUGCUCCUCCCAAAGGCAAACGGAAAGUUAUUGCUGCCACCAACGUUGCAGAGACGUCCAUCACCAUCGAGGAUGUGGUUGCCGUCAUCGACUGUGGCCGCGUCAAGGAAACCAGCUUUGAUCCCAAGACCAAUGUAGUGAGGCUGCAGGAAGUCUGGGCUUCUCAAGCCGCGUGCAAACAACGACGAGGUCGUGCCGGUCGAGUCAAGGCUGGUAUAUGUUACAAACUGUACACUCGCGCGGCAGAAGCAAACAUGGCAGAAAAGCCAGACCCCGAGAUUCGCCGCGUGCCUCUGGAGCAGCUCUGUCUGUCGGUGAUGGCUAUGAGUGGAAUUGCAGAUGCCGCCGGGUUUCUUGCAAAGACGCUGACGCCUCCGGAAACAUUGGCUGUCGAAGGCGCAAUGAACCUCUUGCAUCGCAUCGGCGCUCUAGAUAAUCAAAAGCUCACUGCCCUCGGACGACACCUGGCCAUGAUACCGGCAGAUCUUCGAUGUGCAAAGUUGAUGGUGUAUGGAUCCAUCUUCGGCUGUGUGGACGCAUGUGUUACCAUCGCUGCCAUACUCACAUUAAAGAGCCCCUUUGUGUCGCCGCGGGAAAAGCGUGAAGAUGCUACAGCAGCAAGAGCGUCUUUCUCACGAGGAGACGGUGAUCUCCUCACUGACUUUGCAGCAUAUCUGCAAUGGUCUGAGAGAUCCCGGUCUCACGGAUUCUGGCAGACCACCACAUGGUGCUCGGAGAACUUUCUCUCUCACCAGACACUGCGAGACAUAUCAUCCAACCGGGCACAAUUCCUAACAUCCCUAAAAGACGCGGGUAUUCUUCCAAUAGACUACAAAGAGCCCUCAGACUCAACGAGCAGUCCAUGGGACCGCAAUACCAAAAACACCACACUCCUCCGCGCCCUGAUUGCAGGCGCAUACGACCCCCAAAUCGCCCAGAUCAGUUUUCCCGACAGAAAAUUCGCCGCGUCCGUCACCGGCACAGUCGAACUAGACCCGGACGCCCGAACAAUCAAGUUCUUCAACCAGGAAAACGGCCGCGUCUUUAUUCAUCCCAGUUCAAGUCUUUUCACGGUUCAGAAUUACUCCAAUGCCGCGUUCCUCAGCUACUGCGCCAAGAUGGAAACAAGCAAAGUCUUUAUCCGGGACUUGACACCGUUCAAUGCGUAUUCGCUCCUCCUCUUCAGCGGCGGUAUAACCCUCGACACCAUGGGCCGCGGCCUCGUCGUGGACAACUGGCUGCAUAUCCGCGGCUGGGCGCGCAUAGGCGUGCUGGUGUCGCGGCUGCGGAUGAUGCUCGACGACGUGCUGGCUGCAAAAGUCGAUAAUCCGGCGGCGGAUACCCAGGGACACGAUGAGUCCCGCGUGAUUGAUCUGGUGAAGAAGUUGGUUGAGUUUAAUGGGAUGGAUCAGUGA